CUCGUCCUCGCCGCCGCCGGCCCGCCGCCCGCUCCGCUCCUCGCAGCCUCCCGGACCCGCAGCCAUGGCCGACAUCAAGACGGGCAUCUUCGCCAAGAACGUGCAGAAGCGGCUCAACCGCGCGCAGGAAAAGGUCCUUCAGAAGCUUGGGAAAGCUGAUGAGACCAAAGAUGAACAGUUUGAAGAGUAUGUCCAGAACUUCAAGCGGCAAGAGGCAGAGGGUACCAGGCUUCAGCGAGAACUCCGAGGAUAUUUAGCAGCUAUCAAAGGCAUGCAAGAGGCCUCUAUGAAGCUCACUGAGUCGCUGCAUGAAGUCUAUGAGCCUGAUUGGUAUGGGCGGGAAGAUGUGAAGAUGGUGGGCGAGAAAUGUGAUGUCCUGUGGGAAGACUUCCAUCAAAAACUAGUGGAUGGGUCCUUGCUGACACUGGAUACCUAUCUGGGCCAAUUUCCUGACAUAAAGAAUCGCAUUGCAAAACGCAGCAGGAAGCUGGUGGACUAUGACAGCGCUCGGCAUCAUCUAGAAGCUUUGCAGAGCUCCAAGAGGAAGGAUGAAAGUAGAAUCUCUAAGGCAGAAGAGGAAUUUCAGAAAGCACAGAAAGUGUUUGAAGAGUUUAACGUCGACUUACAAGAAGAGUUACCAUCGUUAUGGUCAAGACGAGUUGGAUUUUACGUCAACACUUUCAAAAAUGUUUCCAGCCUCGAGGCCAAGUUCCAUAAGGAAAUAGCUGUGCUUUGCCACAAGUUGUAUGAAGUGAUGACGAAGCUGGGCGACCAGCACGCUGACAAGGCCUUCACCAUUCAAGGAGCUCCCAGUGAUUCUGGUCCACUCCGCAUUGCAAAGACGCCAUCACCACCCGAGGAGCCUUCACCCAUCCCGAGCCCAACAGCAAGUCCCAAUCACACACUGGCACCUGCGUCUCCUGCACCAGCAAGGCCUAGGUCACCUUCACAGACCAGGAAAGGGCCUCCUGUCCCACCUCUGCCCAAAGUCACCCCAACAAAGGAACUUCAGCAGGAGAAUAUCAUCAGUUUCUUUGAGGACAACUUUGUUCCGGAAAUCAGUGUGACAACACCUUCGCAGAAUGAAGUCCCUGAGGUGAAGAAAGAAGAGACAUUGUUGGAUCUGGACUUCGACCCUUUCAAGCCUGAGGUGGCACCUGCGGGUUCUGUUGGAGUGACCCACUCACCCAUGUCACAGACACUGCCCUGGGACCUCUGGACGACAAGCACUGAUUUGGUACAGCCGGCUUCUGGUGGUACAUUUAAUGGCUUCACCCAGGCUGAAUCUGAACAGGCUCUACCCACAGAGCCGAAAGCAGAGGAGCCCCCUGCUGCCGCCACAGCUGCCGUUGGGCUGGACUCUGGACUGGACACCCGGGCUGAGGAGCCAGUGGAGGGGGCAGUGGUCCUGCCUGGGACGGAGGUUGAUGUGACCGUCGGAACCUUGGUUUCGGCUGCUGAGGAGGCCCCUGUGGAGGAGGCAGAGGUGGAGAAGGCAGCUCUUCCCACCGGGGAAGGAGCAGGUGUAGACGCUGACACCACACAGGCCGUAGAGGGUGAUGGAUCUCAGCCAGAAGAGUCAGAAGCAGCAGUGCCUCAGGAGAAGGUCAUCCCUUCGGUCGUCAUAGAGCCCGCCUCCAACCAUGAAGGGGAGGAACAUGAACCAGCUGAAGUGGCGGAGCCCCAGGAGACCCCCACGGCCGCGGCUGCCACCAGCGAGCCGCCAGAGCAGGCUGCAGAGCCCAGGGCGGGCGAGGACUCGCAGCCCGUGCCUUCCGCCCCCCCUGCGAGCCAGGCGGCUCAGGAAGUGCCUCCCGGCUUCCUCUACAAGGUGGAAACACUGCACGAUUUUGAGGCAGCGAAUUCUGAUGAACUUACCUUACAAAGGGGUGACGUGGUUUUGGUGGUCCCCUCAGAUUCAGAAGCUGACCAGGAUGCAGGCUGGCUGGUAGGAGUGAAGGAAUCAGACUGGCUUCAGUAUAGAGACCUUGCCGCUUACAAAGGCCUCUUUCCAGAGAACUUCACCCGGCGCCUGGAAUAGGGCCAGACAUGGUAGAAAGAGCCUGAUCAUCAGGUUUUUAAACCUGCGGGAAAACCCGAAGAGUUCACUUUUGCUGUUACACUCUUAAUGAUUUACAGGCUGGGUGUCAGACAAAGCUUGGAAAGAUAUAUCAAUGGAGCAUGUGUGCAAAAAAAAAAAAAAUGUAAGAGAGAAAAAAGGAAAUUACAGCUAAAGUCCUCACUGGUUCCCACAUUCUGGUUCCCACGUUCUUGAUGAACAGGUGUAUGUGUGCUUUGUCCAAGCUGUGAAGACUCUUGUACUUGAUCCCCUCCAGAGUUGAAGUAGCUUUCUCCAGACCAGAACCUUAAUUUCUCUGCACCAAGUAUUGAGCGGCUGUCCCCCAGAAGACGUGAUGAGUUACCCUAUAGUACAAGAUUCUCUUACUCCCUUGCACAGGUGUGGACAAGUGCUCGCUCUCUCCCCCUUUCAAGUUUACCGUGUUUAAAAUGAAACCGUUGCACACAUUUUCAGUGGUCUUCCCCACCACCUCUGUGUAUGUGUAAGGACACGCAGGCACACACCCUACUUCCCAUCUCUUCCCCGAUCUAUGUGUAUGCGCAGCGCAAGGCUACAUAUACAUAGUUGCUUUUCGCUUUCUUUCGUUCCAUCCGGAGCUCUCUGCGCCUCUCAAGUGUCAUUGAUACAUGCAUUGCCCUGGCUCUGUCUGGCAUUUACAGUUGCAGUUUUGCCUCCGGGCAAAACCAGCCAUCCCAUUGCCAAAACAGUCAACAGUAUCUGUGUUUUGUAAUGUGUGUUUUUUCAGGAUGCCAUGACAACUAGCAUGGCAGCGCUGCUGUCCCUUGGAGAAAGCCCGCCUCGUGAUCUAGGUGUCCAGCUGCCGUGGCUCGAGGUGCUGGCUGGGAUGAGCAGCUAUGGAGUGUUAACUUCUGCCUUUCUAAGAUUGGCUGCCUGAUGGGGCAUAAGUAUCCACCCCCAAAGAACACUAUAUAUAUAUUUAAAAAAAAAAAAAGCUCCUCUAUAUUUCCAACUCUUUAUAUUUAUGCGACUCAUCUUCCCAGAUUGUCCCGAAACAAGAUAGGUGGUGUAUGCUGUAUCCACAAAUCAUCUGUAAUGAUUAUGUUUUCAGUGCUGUGUCAUUCCAAAUAAACCAUUGGUAACCUCCAGCAAUUAUCCUA